AUGGCCGACUCAAUCGACGAUGUGCCCUCACCACGCAAAGCGAAGCAGCACUUCAUCCGGUAUAUCCGCGAUGAGCUCUUCACGUUGAAUUUCUACCGUGCACAUAUGCUGUACUUCAUCAUCGUUAUAGCGAUCAGCUCAGUCAUCGUUUACGGCGAAGGUGUGAAAAAUGGACCGAAGGAUGGCUAUUAUGAUAGCCAUCUGAGCUACAUGGACGCGCUGUUCUUGACAUGGCUCAAUCCCGUGAAUCUGGGCGAUUUAUCCGGGUUUCAACAAGCUGUCCUCUGUGUACUAAUGAUGAUUGGCAACAUCCCGUUUGUCUCGAUGGUAGUUGUUCUGAUCCGGCAAAGAUUGUUCCGUAAAAGAAUGUCUGAGGUCGUGAGGCACUCGUGCACUAUGAAGAGGUUGGUCCAGGACAUUGAGAAAAGUCAUACGAACGCAGGGAGCAGCGGAAGCGGCAAUGUCAGCUUGCGGCAGCGCAACAAUGCUGAACGGAGUAAAGGUGGAAAGGAUAAAGCGGGAGAAGCCGAGCCGAAAAAGGUCAAAAUCCAACCAUUGAACAAGAGGCGAACGUUCCAUCAUCAGACAGGAUUUGGGUUUGUGCCUACACCUUGGGAGACAAAACUUGCGAAAAGCUUCUUCUCGCGCGUAUUUGACAGUGUUACGAGUGAACUGCGGCCAGAGCAGCAUGACUAUGUCUCGUUCAAGCCACACCUGGACUCGAGAGGGCGCUUCUUGGAGCUUAGUGAGCACGACAGACUUGAGCUUGGUGGUGUGGAGUACCGCGCCUUGCAGGCUCUACUAUUCAUCCUGAUUGGCUAUCAACUCUUCUGGUAUCUGUUUGGCAUCGUCUUCCUGAUGCCAUACGCAUAUCGCUCCACAACGCGCGACAUCCUUCGUAACGCACAGCCAGGUGGUGUGAACCCCGGAUGGUGGGCAUUCUUCUCAACGGUCACCGAGUUUGCGAACGGCGGUCUCAACGUGCUCAAUGCCAACUUCGUCCCGUUUGGUGGCAUGCCUUACAUACUCAUCAUUGCUGGUGCACUGGCUCUGAUCGGACAAACGCAGUUUCCAAUUUUCCUCCGACUGACCAUAUGGAUCAUGAAGAAGAUGGUCCCUAAAGGAUCUCGCCUGAGCAACACGCUACAGUUCCUUCUGCAGCAUCCUCGACGCUGCUUCAUCUACUUGUUUCCGAGCAGACAAACAUGGUAUUUACUGGCUAUCCAGAUCACCAUCGAUAUCACUGCAUGGCUGUGCUUCGAGAUAUUAAACAUCGGCAUGCCAGACUUCCAAGUUAUGUCAGUUGGAAAACGAAUUCUGGACGGAUUAUUCCAAGCCACCGGUCUGCGAACAUCAGGAGCGUACAUAAUAGCUUUCAGUUCACUUGCGCCAGCUUGCUUAGUGGCCUACUUGGUCAUAAUGUACAUUUCCAGUUAUCCACUGGUGAUGACGCUGCGCAAGACAAAUACGUACGAAGAGCGAUCAAUUGGGUUGCAGGAGGGUGAUGACAGUGCUGCCGGCAUAGCAUCUCAUCUUCAAAAGCAGCUGGCGUACGAUAUCUGGUUCCAGUUCCUCGCUUUCUUCCUUGUAUGCAUCAUCGAGCGAAGUCACCUUCGUGCCGCAGAUCCAGGGUUCGAUGUAUUCUCGCUGCUGUUCGAGGUGACGUCUGCGUAUGGUACUGUAGGACUGUCGACCGGAGUGCCUGGAGAAGAUUACAGCCUUAGUGGUCGCUUCGCCAGCCUCAGCAAGGUCGUCAUGCUGUUUGUGAUGGUCCGCGGUAGACAUCGUGGCUUACCACUGGCAAUUGAUCGGAGUAUCCUCUUACCGGGAGAAGAGUUGAUGAAAAGACUGGAUGAGGAGUAUGGUGGAGGAGCAGAUACCUUUGCAAAUGACUCACAAGAGCCAGGUAGUGAUGUUGAACAGGACGGUAAUCAAGCUGGAGGCUCAAGGUCGAUACAAGGUUCAGAGAGAGACUCGCAUUCAGUGUGA